AAAUGAUUAAAACUCAGAAGUUUCCUUGAUUUUUCUAGAAAAUAAACUGCAAAUAAUUUUUCUAGCAAAACGUUGAUUAUUCAAGCUUAGAAAUGUCCUUGUUUUGUUUUUUUGUUUGCUUUUCAGAAAAUUCCUAAGUUUAAUUUCAAAAUGUCUAAAAAGAAAUCCAAGUUGGAGUUUUUCCCUAAAGCUUUAUUUUAGAGUUUCUGAGUCUUUUGGCGGACAUUUUUUCUAUCUGCUCCAAUAAACAGUCGCAAAAUACAGACAAGAACAGAAAGUUGAUCAAAAAGCCUUAAAGUUUUUGUUUCUUCUACAGAAUGAAUAUAAUCUCUCACAGAAAUGACAUUAUUAUUCUAAAUCAGUCACAAUCAGUCACAGUUUGUCCUGUUGGUGAAGACCUGCAGUAAAAAGGUCAAAUUUGUUUUCCUCCUGCUGAAUAUUUGACAAGCAAAUAAUAUGCUAAUAUGUCCGCCCGGAGCCGAGCAUGUGAUCGUGGGUCUGGAUGCCCGCGGAGCCGCUCAGCCCUCAGCAAACUGCGCUCCAUGCGGGUGAAGCUGUUUGUCUUCAGGCGGGGCGUUUCUCUGCUGGUGCGCGGUCCCGACCUGCUCCGCUAUACAAAGGAUGAAGGAUCCCGGCCAGAGCAAAGCGCCCAGCAUGGCUCUCCUCCAGCACAUCGGGACCUGCCUGCCCUUCUUCCUGCUCGCCGUCACCUUUGACAUCCUGGGCCUGGUUCUGCUGUUCGUCGGGAUCUUCGGCGACCUGCGCAUCGACGGCCUCUUCUACGGAGACUUCUUGAUCUACUCGGGCUCCAUCAUCAUCUUCGCCAGCCUGGCCUGCUGGCUCAUGUGGUACGUGGGCAACAUCCGGGUGUCGGAGUACGACGGGCAGAAGAGGAACAGCAUCGCGCUGCUGGCCAGGAAGAUCUCGGAGAGGCUGAGCCUGAGGCCGAAAGGGGAGGACUGCGUGAAGUGCGUGGUGGAGGACGAGGACCGCAGCCAAGCGGGGACUCCUCCGAUGAAACCGGGAAAGGUGACGUGGGGCAAAUCCACGGUGUUCCUGAACGAGGGCUACGACGGCUCCACGGACGGCGCUGACGCGGAGCAGUCCGUGGACUGACCGGCUCGGUUCGCAUCCAGCCGCUUCCUGUCGGUCCAAAUGUUGAAAUCUGCCAAAACUUUCAGGUUCAGAAGUUAAACUUGCAGGACUGAAGGUCCAAUUUACUCUCAUUUCAAAAACAAUCUGCAAUUAUUAUUUCAAGUACGUUAAUGUUUUAACUAGACCAUUUGCACUGCUGAAGUGAUUCUGAUAAUUUAUUACACUCUAAAAAGAAAAUAGUUGAACCAAAUUAAUUGAAUUGCUUGUUACCUAUAGAAGCAAUUCAA